GCUUCCUUUGAUUUCUUCUUUUUUCCACUGGACUUGCCUUGUUCUAAUUUUGCUUUUAGUACAGAUUUCAUUUUGAUUUUUCUUUUCCUUUUUAUGUUUAUCAUUUUAUGAUCAUGUUAAGUUCAGUUCAGUUGAUUUCUCUCCGGUGGUGUCUUAUCUUUAGAUUUCCACUGCUUUUGAUCUCUCUCCAUGAUAUCUGUGUAACACGUGUCAUCUCACUUUUACCCUUUUUUUUUCGUUUGAAGCAUCUAUUCGAAUAUUCCGCAUAUGGAUAUCAGGAUUCUGUAGAAUAUUGUUAAAAGGGUUUUUUACCUGUCCUUUAUGUUUUUUAUUUAUGGGUUAAACGAACGUAGAAGUACAUAAAUCAACUGAAAAUAAAGAGAUAAGAUGAAGAAGACUACGGAUUCUAUAAAAUUAGUCUGCUGUGCUGCUUACUGAUGCUCUGCGUAUAAGAAGUGAUAUGGGACGCAUUCUAAUAAUAUCAUUAAUAACGUUGUAUAUGAUGUUUGUAGAUCCAUCUUACUUUGACCAAAUCUGGGAAAGAUUUUCUCUGACUAUGGGGCACAAAUAUUUGUGGUUGGCUUUUUGUUUGUGGGCUUUAACAUGCUCACUGCUCCCUUCUUUCUCCUUUGGACUUGUGAGAAUUGGUUUGAAGAAGAGAGGUCUAGAUCUUGAUAGUAUAAGAGCAGCUAGAAUGGUUAGAGAAAAGCUAAGAUUUGCCAGACCAGUGUUGGGUGCAUAUGAUCAGUACAUUGACAAACCAACCGAUGAGGGUAUAGUACCUUUGAAGAAUUAUUUGGAUGCUCAAUAUUAUGGGGAGAUUGGAAUUGGCACACCCCCACAGAAAUUUGAUGUCAUAUUUGAUACCGGUAGUUCCAACCUCUGGGUUCCAUCAUCAAAGUGCUACUUUUCUCUUGCCUGCUAUACCCAUCGAUGGUACAAGUCAAAGAAAUCCAAAACAUAUACUAAAAAUGGAACAUCAUGUAAAAUAAGAUAUGGAUCUGGAUCAAUAUCUGGUUUUUUCAGUAAAGAUAAUGUUAAUGUUGGCACUCUUGUUGUCAAGAAUCAGGAUUUCAUUGAGGCUACUCGAGAAGGAAGUCUUUCCUUUGUGUUAGCGAAGUUUGAUGGAUUACUUGGGCUUGGGUUUCAGGAGAUCUCAGUUGGAAAUUCUGUGCCAGUAUGGUACAAUAUGGUGGAGCAAAAUCUUGUAGAUGAGCAGGUGUUCUCUUUUUGGCUCAAUGGGGAUCCAAAAGCAAAAAAGGGCGGUGAACUAGUUUUUGGAGGUGCUGAUCCAAAACACUUCAAAGGAAAUCAUACUUAUGUUCCAGUUACUAAAAAAGGUUACUGGCAGAUUGAAAUGGGAGAUUUAUUUAUUGGAGAUUUCUCAACAGGUGUUUGUGAGGGUGGCUGUGCUGCUAUUGUGGAUUCAGGAACAUCAUUGCUUGCUGGUCCAACUACUGUUGUAACUGAAAUCAAUCAUGCUAUUGGAGCCGAAGGAAUUUUAAGUGUAGAAUGUAAGGAAAUUGUUUCUGAUUAUGGAGAAUUGAUAUGGGAUCUCUUGAUAUCAGGGGUACGACCUAGUGAUGUAUGCUCACAGGUUGGUUUAUGUUUUGCCAAAAGGGGUCAAUCAGAGAGAAAUGAAAUCGAGAUGGUGACUGAAAAGGAACAGGGAAAGUUGUCGGCUAAAGAUACUGCUUUGUGCACUUCCUGUCAGAUGCUUGUGAUUUGGGUCCAAAAUCAACUAAAACAAAAGUCAACCAAGGAUAGAGUAUUUGAAUACGUAAAUCAACUGUGCGAGAGCUUGCCAAGCCCAAAUGGAGAGUCAGUAGUAAACUGUAAUAGCAUUUCUCAUUUACCAAACAUCACGAUUACUAUUGGACAUAAACCUUUCAUCCUCACUCCAGAGCAGUAUAUUUUGAAAACUGGAGAAGGCUUUGCAGAAGUUUGUCUUAGUGGGUUUAUUGCUUUUGACAUUGCUCCUCCACGGGGUCCUCUCUGGAUUCUCGGCGAUGUUUUCAUGAGGGUAUAUCACACAAUCUUUGACUAUGGGAAUCUCCGAGUUGGUUUCGCAAAAGCUGCCUGAUGAGAGACAUCUGGGAGAUUAUGCUAGCAUGUUUUAAUGAGCUUGUUAGUGUGUUGUAAAUAAGCUCAUCUGUAACUAGCAUGGGCAGGUUCACAUUAUAGAUUUCAUAGAUGCACCCGUGAAACUAUUCACUUGAAGUAUUGUGUGGUUGUACUUGAAGGACCAUUUUCAUCUAAUGCCGUGCUGAACCGUAGAUAAUGUAUUUAAUGUACUCUUAUGUGCUGUAUCAAUGAGAAUAGGUGGAUGAUUUGAAAUUUCUGCUCUAUUUAGAUUCUCUAGUCAAUUAUGGGUUGCCAAUGGAAGAAGUGAACAUCGUUGCUGACAUUGAGUGCUUGUUGCUAGUGCAACCAUAGAUUAAAAGUUCAAAAUGAAUAUAAAAUGGUGCCAGGAAGGUUUUGGGAU